GGUAGUGGUCGGUAGCGAGCAGUAAGUUAUUAGUGGAAGUGUGUAAGUUGUGUGUAUUCUUUAAGUUCUUUAAGGAAUCAUUAGGAUCAUUCGAGAGAAAUUCAGUUUCCUCAUAUUUUGACAAAUUAUGGUGUUCGUGAUAUUAUUCCGCUGUUGCAAGUUCUAGUUGGGAUUCUGAUAAACUUCGCAACGCCCGCUCUGAGGGUGAUGUUUCUAGUAGAAUGCACAUUUUUACUGUUUUAUGCCCUUUCUCGCCUGUUACACAUACCAAUCCGACAUAAGGAAGUAGUGAGGGUCGUGAGAGCUGAUGGUUGCUGUUUCUAGGACGUAACUCCGCGCAGUCUGGUAGCCAGUUACCGACGUUAUGGAAGCAAGAGGUUCAGUCAAAAUGGGUGAACUAGGUGCCUUCAAAACUGAGCAACAAUCUGUUAGACUACACAACUUGUAAUAAAAGACACCAAGCUUCGUAAUCUCUGCCGGCCUCUACUGUGGGAAGGAAGAAGUCCAUGUCAGUGUGUGUGUGUUCACAAUUAUUAGUAUCUUUCCUUACAGACAUGGGCGAAUAUUCAGAGCAAGGAAUGCCGAGAAUCCUGCUACAGAGAGCUGAAGAAACAUUUCCUACUGUGACAGAAAGGAUGAACUGUACAAAUUCAGAGAAGGUUUUAAUUGGUCAUUAUGGUGAGAUAUACCCAGCAAGUUAUGAUGCAAACCAGGUCAUAAAUGUAAAAGCUGAGGAAGUCUCAGACUCACAAGAGGAAGCAGAUCCUGUGCAAAUAACAGUUCAGGAAGUAAAGGCUGAACCUGAGAACUGUACAAAUUCGGAGAAUGUUUUAGUGGGUCCGUAUGGUGAGACAUACCCAACGCCUCAUGAUGCACAUCACGUCAUGAAUAUAAAAGCUGAGGCAGUCUCAGAUGCAGAAGAGGAAGAGGAUCCUGUCCCAAUAACAUUUAUAGAAAUAAAGGCUGAACCUGAGGUGAGCUGUAUGUGCACUGUUAGGCAGAUGACACAAAUAUGCAGAAAUUCUGCUUGUCUGUCUGAUAUCUAUCUCUGUGAACAUGAAACAACUCUACUGCGCUGUUGACUAGAUUCUGAAAGAUUCUCUUUCCUGAAAUGUCUAGGCAACUGUAGUUUGUAGAAUGUUGCUUGUGAUGUACCAGUUCCGUUUUCUUUUGAGCAGAUCUAGUAUAGAUGAAAUGAAAUUCUGUAUAAACUGAAUGUUUGCGGUAACUUCUAUAUAGCUAAAAUCCUUCACAUUUUCUUUGUCUGUCCAGUCCACUAAGCAGUGCUUUGGUACUACAUCACAGAGUUCCCAGGAUCUAUAAAUGCUAAAGGUUAUCAUUUGUUUGUCUCCCAUGCAGUCUGUAUCCAUGUAAUAACAUAGAGGUGUCACUAGGUUGAAGAUUUGUUAUAGGAUAACUAAUGAUUCUCUAUAGCUCUGUGAUAAUGUUUGACAGAUUAUAGACACAUGUUGCCUGUUGCCCUUUGUUUGAAGUAAAUUUAAUUUACAUAACACUGUUGGAGUUGCCUCUGUCCCUGCUGUCAGGUGAUUGGUUCUCAUAAGAAAUUUUUUUUGUUCUUUUUCGGUUAGACAGAAAGGUGACUAAACAUUAGAUACAGAGAAUGUAUAAGAGGUAUAAAAAGCAAUAGUGAAGAACUGGCAUUGGCAGCACAUCCUAAAAUAUAGAUGCAGUUUUGGUUAAGUGGAAUCUACAGUGGAUGUAAUUAAACACACAAAGAAAGCUAGUAAUGAACAUCAAAGAAAAUUUCUACGUCUACAUAUAGACGGAGGUUCUUACUUUUCUCGGCCAGUUCAUAGCAACUGAUGCACCACUGGCUGCAAGAUGCAUACAAAUUUUUCCAGUGUAUCAGUAUGCCUGUGGCCAGUAACGUUUGGAAUGAAGUAUAUAAGUAUAUACACGUAGACAUUCCUUGCACCAGCAGAAGGGGUUCUGAUUAACCCUUAAAGCUGUUGUGCCGGAAUUGUUGCAAUUUCCCUAUGAAUAGUCUUUUUAGUUCUUCCAGGUGGUGUUUACUGUUUUAAACUUUGCCCUGCAAAGAACCACAGAAGAAAAUAUCUAAGUAUUAAGGUCGGGUGAAUGUGCCUGCCAAAUACCAGUGCUGAUAUUUCUGUCCCCAAAAGUACCAGGCAAAGCUUGUGUAGACGUACGUGAAAUGUGGGCAGUAGCUUAGUCUUGCUGAAACCAGCUGUAGAGUCUUUUUUCUUUUGUAACUCUCAAAAGAAUUGUCCAAGAAUGACCUAUACAUCAUUUUUUUUUAAUUUGUGGGGGUGGGACUGAGUCCACGUGGUACA